UCCUGUGUCAACGAUGCGGAUCCAAAGUGCUGUCCCCGGGAAUGGCUGUGUUCGCAGAGAAAGAGGAGCGGAAGCACACAGUCCCUGUCUGUCACCCCAUCGCUUCCAACUAGAUAAUUCGCCUUUGAGUUGAAUGAGUGGAGAAUGGAUACGGACUGAAGUCUGGACUACAAAGCGAACAAAUUGAGCGUGGGCAACCCAUCACGUAUCAUUCAACGAGCGUCACAACGAAGAUGCAAGAAUGACUCAACCUCAGCAGAAUGAGUUCAUUCCUCCCCCGGAGUGCCCUGUUUUUGAGCCCAGCUGGGAGGAAUUUGCUGACCCUUUUGCGUACAUCAACAAAAUACGACCCAUUGCAGAGAAAACUGGCAUCUGUAAAGUGCGACCGCCACCGGAAUGGCAGCCACCAUUUGCUUGUGAUGUUGAACGAUUGAAAUUCACACCACGAAUUCAAAGGCUCAAUGAGUUGGAGGCUCAGACUAGAGUGAAGCUGAACUUUCUGGAUCAAAUAGCAAAGUUUUGGGAGCUUCAAGGAUGCACUCUGAAAAUCCCUCACUUGGAAAGGAAGAUUUUAGAUCUCUACCAACUCAACAAGCUGGUGAAUGACGAGGGAGGUUUUGAGGCCGUCUGCAGAGAGCGCCGUUGGACUAAAAUCUCCGUCAAGAUGGGCUUUGCUCCAGGCAAGGCGAUCGGCUCCCAUCUGAGGGCGCACUAUGAGCGGAUCCUCUACCCAUAUAACCUAUUCCAGACUGGAGACAAUCAGCCUCAGAGAGCCACCUUGACCAAUGACACAAAGGAUAAGGUGUACACCCCACAUGACUUACCGCAGCGCCAGUCUGUGCAGCCCCAGGAGAUCUGCAGCAUAGCUCGCCGUGCAAAACGGAUGAGAGCUGAAAGAGGCUGCUUUAAAAGCGAAGCUGGGGAAGUUCACAAGAAUCGCCCCAAUCUCAGGAGGAGAAUGGGAACAUAUGUUGCCAAACCAGAACCUGUGAGCAUGUCGGUGAAAGAGGAGCCAAUUGAAUAUAUAGUGACAGAAAAUUGUGAAGAAAAUUGGUCAAAUAACAUUCAAAAUGGUACAAACAGUAAAGUGGAGCAAUACAUGUGCCUAAUGUGUCACAGCGGAACUGAGGAGGACCGGCUGUUGUUGUGUGAUGGCUGCGAUGACAGCUAUCACAUCUUCUGUCUCAUCCCCCCGCUACAUGAGGUUCCCAAAGGAGACUGGAGAUGCCCCAAGUGCCUAGCGCAGGAAUGCGGCAAACCUCAGGUUGCUUUUGGCUUCGAGCAAGCCAGCAGGAGCUACACCCUGCAAACCUUUGGAGACAUGGCUGAUUCCUUUAAAUCAGAUUAUUUCAACAUGCCAGUUCACAUGGUUCCAACUGAGCUGGUGGAGAAAGAGUUUUGGCGUCUAGUCAGCACUAUCGAGGAGGAUGUGACUGUAGAAUAUGGAGCAGACAUCGCCUCCAAAGAGUUUGGGAGUGGUUUCCCUGUGAAGAACAGCCAUUUUGAAGUGUCUCCUGAGGAUGAGCAUUACCUAACAAGUGGCUGGAAUCUUAACAACAUGCCUGUGCUGGAUGCCUCGGUCCUGACUCACAUUACUGCUGACAUCUGUGGGAUGAAGUUACCCUGGCUCUAUGUGGGCAUGUGCUUCUCCUCCUUCUGCUGGCAUAUUGAGGACCACUGGAGCUACUCCAUCAACUACCUUCACUGGGGUGAGCCAAAGACCUGGUAUGGGGCACCAGGUUACGCUGCAGAGCACUUGGAGGGUGUCAUGAAGAAACUAGCUCCUGAGCUCUUUGAAUCGCAGCCAGACCUCCUUCAUCAGCUUGUCACCAUUAUGAAUCCCAACACAUUGAUGAACAACGGCGUUCCGAUCUAUCGCACAAACCAAUGUGCAGGAGAGUUUGUCAUCACCUUCCCCAGAGCAUACCACAGUGGAUUCAACCAAGGUUUCAACUUUGCUGAAGCAGUCAACUUCUGUUCCAUGGAUUGGAUGCCUGUUGGCCGAGGCUGUGUGAAACACUAUCGCCAGUUGAACCGGUAUUGUGUCUUCUCCCACGACGAGAUGGUCUGCAACAUGGCCUUCAAGGCGGAUAGAGUGGAUGUGGACCUGGCCUCCGCUGUGCACAAGGAGAUGGUCGCCAUGGUCCAAGAAGAAGAGGAACUUCGAGAGAAGAUCAACAACAUGGGUGUGGUGGGAGCAAGACAAGUAGAUUAUGAGCUGCUCCCCGAUGAGGAACGCCAGUGCUGCAAGUGUUGGACCACCUGCUACCUGUCUGGCAUCACUUGUGUCUGCAGUCCUGGCAAGGUGGUCUGCCUGUACCACGCCCAGGACCUCUGCUCCUGUCCAUCUAGCAACCUAAUACUCCAUUACAAAUUUACACUGGAUGAGUUAUACCCCAUGAUGUCAUCAGUGAAGUUGCGUGCAGAGUCCUAUAAGGAGUGGAAUAAUGCCGUGCAGAGCAUUCUGGAGAAGAAAGAAAACAACAAAAGAGGUCUGGAAGAGCUUCACAGCCUGGUGGAGCAGGCAGAGACAAAAAGGUUCCCACAAACCAGCCUCUUGGAUCAGCUGCGCGUUGUUUCCGCAGAAGCUGACAAAGUUGCUGUGGUAGCACAACAACUUCUCAAUGGGAAGAGGCAGACAAGGUUUCGCUCUUGUGGGGGGAAGUCUCAAAGCCACGGGUUGACUGUGGAGGAGCUCCGGUCUUUUGUCCAACAGUUGGACAACCUGCCAUGUAACAUCAGACAGGCGCCUUUACUGAAGGACCUGCUGACUCGGGUUGAUGAAUUCCAGCAGCGCAGCGAAAGGCUCCUCUCUGACGAGUCGCCUAACUCAGUCGAGCUUCAGGAACUGCUGGAUCUGAGCCUGGGCCUUGACGUAGAGCUGCCCCAGCUGCCUCUGCUCAGGGAGAGGCUGGAGCAGGCCCGCUGGCUGGAGACUGUUAAGCAAGCCAACAGCAGGCCAGACAACCUCUGCCUUGACACCAUGAGGAGGCUGAUCGACCAGGGCGUGGGUUUAGCCCCUCACAGCUCUGUGGAAAGAGCCAUGGCUCGCCUGCAGGAGCUCCUGACGGUUUCUGAGCAGCUGGAGGAGCGAAUGCUCGGCCUCAUGAAAGCCAGUCCAUAUCAAAGUAUAGAAACACUUGAUGCUGCGUUACAAGAAAUGGAAAACGUCCCUGCUUAUCUGCCGAACUGUCUGCAGCUGAAGGAUGCUGUGGUCAAGGCCAAGAAGUGGCUUCAUGAAGCUGAAGCCCUCCAGCUGGGGGGCCGUAUUCCAGUGCUGGAAAGCCUUUCUGAGCUAGUACUCAGAGCAGAGGGUAUCCCCGUGAGGCUCGACCCUCUCAGUCGACUGGAGGCACUGGUCAGUGACGUGCAGAUCUGGAAGGAAAGCGCUGCAAAAACAUUCCUACUCAAAAAUUCACCCUUUUCUCUUUUGGAGGUACUGUGCCCAAGAUGUGACGAAGGAGCUGGGCUUCAUAGGUCAAGAUAUAAAAAAACAAAAGAGGGAACACAGAUGAGUAAGAGAUCACCCGUAAACCUGGACUCACUCCACGACGUGGAAAAGGCACUUUCGGAAAGCAAAAACUCUGCCUCUGCUAUGACCACCCUCGAUGACGUCCGCGACAAGGAGAUGGAGACCUUGUUGGCUCUCAGGGCUUCAAACGAGUCCAAGCUUCUUCCUACUCAAAACUGUUGUGCCGCUAGUGUGUGUGUUUGCCAAAAGCCGCCCUCGGGGGCCAUGGUGCAGUGUGAGCUCUGUCGUGAGCUUUUCCACAGUGGGUGCAUUGCAGCAAACGCAGACCUCAAAUAUGGUCAAGUCUGGCUUUGCCCCUUUUGCCAGCGUUCAAGGAAGCCACCCCUGGACAAGGUCUUGCCUCUGCUGGCAUCACUGCAAAGGAUUCGGGUCAGACUUCCUGAGGGUGACGCACUGCGCUUCCUCAUCGAGCGCACGGUGCAAUGGCAGCACAGAGUUCAGCAGGCCUGCACAGGUGGACUUCUGGAGGAAGUAUCAAAAAUGGGGAAAAACAGAUACAGAAUAUCGCAAAAGAAUGGCUGGUCUUUUUAUACAGAACACCAGUGUGUUCCAGUCCAGGUGCCUUUAACAGGACUUUGCCCUGAGCUGGAGGAGCUGAUGGUGGAGGGGUUCCUACUGCAGGUCACACUUCCAGAAACCGAGCAGCUUUACACAUACUUGCUGUACAAACUGGCUCCUCUGCCCACUCAGAGAUCCUCUUGUAGGAAAAGCACAGAAGAUGACGAGCUACAGAUGGAGAGCACAAAACAGCACAAAAAGAGUGGAGGCUCAUGUCACAAUAAAGAGGCACUGAGCAUUCAGAGCAAAAGGACCAAGCGACGCAAGGAAAGCUCUGACUCUCAGCACUCAGGGAAGGCCAAGAAAGGUUGCAAAAAGAAGUCUAAGAGGAGACGUGACCGGAGGGAAGAAAGCAGGGGGAGUUGCUCCCCCACACAUGCAGCAUCGGAACCUGCUGCAUCUGUGUCUGCAUCCGAUUCGGAUGAGGACUACUCGUUGUGCGCUGCGCCGUGGUGCAGAGAGCCAGAAGGAGACGAGUUAAACUGGGUCCAAUGUGAUGGAAGCUGCAAUCAGUGGUUCCACCAGGUCUGUGUGGGACUGUCUGCUGAGCGUGCAGAGAUGGAAGACUAUAUUUGCAUAAGCUGCACACAGCCAGACUUUGACAGAGGGGACUGAAGACCAAAAAGUGACUUGUUGAAGGAUCAGCAGUUGAUUUACAGCACGCAGCACUUGGAAGUGCACCCCUGAACUCUGUGCCCUUUACCUUGUGGUUUGCCCUUCGUGAACACGGUGCUAAUCACUCGUCUCCUACGUUACAACAGAUUUGCGUCACUGUUUCUGUCAUGUGGCUGCUACUACAGCCAAUCAGCUAAUCAUUUCCAAAAGUUUUCAGAAUGAACAGUGCAGGGACUUUUCAACCAAAAGUCAAUUGAAACCAGAUCUAGCCCUUUUUUCCCGCAUGCAUUUGAACAAUGUGGAAUUUCAUCUCUAGAGUAAAUAUUCAUCAAAGCAAUAACCGAACUCAAUAAUUCCGGUUCAGUUUCAACUGAGCUAAGAAAUCCCAAUAGAAUGCCUUGUUGAAGUGAAACCCUGCUAAUACACCUUGAAUCUGAUGUUGCAAACCAGUUCAGGUAAAAUAUUUAGAACACAUAAGAUGAAUUAAGAGGUCGAGGAGAUAUGAUGGGAUAUCUGAAUCUUGAGUUUGUGUAUGGAGGUGGGGCGGGGGGUGGAAUAGUCGCCGUCGUCCCUUUACAGUUGUCAGACUAAAUGUAGUCGUUUUCCUUUUUAGGGUGACUGGGUAAAAUGAGUAUUUGUCAACGUUCCGUAAGACUUGAUGAUGUUCACAAAGUAAGAAUGACUUGUCCGACAUCCAAGGAAUGUACAUUUUCUUUUAGGGUGUAGUUUCCCUGCAAGAUUUAAGUUGAACAUAUUGUGUUGGAUUUAGAUUUAACACAGAUUGUGUGAUUUAUUUGCCACGGGUAUGACCUUUUUCUGCUCCUUUGGCUAAAUAAUAUAAUUCAUAUGUUGCAGUUUGCAAUUUAAAAUUAAAGACGUUUGUUCCCAAA